UGUCCUUCGGCAGCUACCGUAGUUCUAAUGUAAACAUGGCGUCCGACAACGACAACGACGAGGAUUUUGUAAGUUAUGGCACUCCGCUGGAGCCCUUGGAAGAAGAUGAGCCGCUCAGGAAGCCCAUCCCUCUGCACGAACAGACGGUGAAAGAUGAGAAGGGACGGUACCAACGGUUCCACGGAGCCUUCACAGGGGGCUUCUCUGCCGGUUACUUCAACACUGUCGGCUCCAAAGAAGGCUGGACCCCGUCAACCUUUGUGUCAUCACGGCAACAGAAAGCCGAGAAGCAUCACACCCGACCGGAGGAUUUUAUGGACGAAGAGGAUUUCAGUGAGCACGGCAUCGCUCCCAGGGAGAUCACCACCAGCCAGGAGUUCUCGUCCAGCCGCAGAAACGAGGCCGCGGAGAAGGCGAGAGCUGUCAGCGCUCAGGCUGCUCUGAUCCCCGGAGACACGCUGCUGGAGGAGCUGAUCGCACCUGCCAGGCUGUCCAUCGGGGUGGAGCUGCUGAGGACGAUGGGCUGGAAGGAAGGUCAGGGCGUGGGGCCUCGUGUGAAGAGGAAACCACGCAGACAGCAGAGCAAAAGUGGAGUGAAAACUUACGGCUGUUCGUUGCCUCGUGCUGCUUCAGAGGAUUCAGAGGACAACGAUGACGAUGAAGAGUUUGCUCCAGAGAACGUGACGUUUGCACCAAAGGACGUGACUCCGAUGGACUUCACCCCGAAGCUAGGGGUCCAGGGUCUCGGGUACCAUGGCCUGGACCCAGGUCUGGCCCUGCUGGGCCGCGGCGCAGACGAACACAUCGACCUUUUCCGGCCUCAGUCCGAGAAGAGGAGUCRCCUGUUUGGAGAAGCGAAGGUUGGCUUGAGACGAGGAGGAGUUGCUGGACAGGCCUUCGGUGUGGGGGCRCUGGAGGACGAGGACGAGGACGUGUACCACCGAGACUCCAUGUCUAAAUACGACACUGUGCUGGGAGGAGAGGAGCCAGGUGACAGUCUGUACGGCUGGACAGCUCCUCAGCAGUACACCAAGAGGAGAGACAGAAGCAGAGAUGCAUCAUACAUCGGUAAGAUCCUGGAGGGGUUCACGUUGGCCCAGAAUCCUCUUGAGGAGAAAACGGUCUUCCCUCCUCCCUCUCUGCCCAGCAAUUAUCGACCCGUCCAUCGCUUCCGUUCACAAGUGGACGUCUCGAGACUUUCCGGAGUCAGUCCGGCUCUGGCUGAGGCUCUGAAGUCCUCCAGGGGUCACAUGGUGAAAGACGAGCCCCCGCAGAGCGGACGCCACCAGCUGGACUCCAGCCAGAGGAGGGUGCAGCUGGGAGAGGACCCCCUGAGAGGUCCCAGUUCAGUCAUGGAGCUGCUGAGGCCUGAAGACAGGGAGCGUCUGCUCAACAUGCGCAACUCUGUCACCCUAAAACCCAGCAUCCCGGACCCCCAGGUCGCUGCACGCGCCGCUCCACCGCUUAUCCAUGCUAGAAAAGGAGCACAGAAACAUGAUAAAAGUGUAUUUUUGUCUUCAGACAGAAGCAGAGAUGCAUCAUACAUCGGUAAGAUCCUGGAGGGGUUCACGUUGGCCCAGAAUCCUCUUGAGGAGAAAACGGUCUUCCCUCCUCCCUCUCUGCCCAGCAAUUAUCGACCCGUCCAUCGCUUCCGUUCACAAGUGGACGUCUCGAGACUUUCCGGAGUCAGUCCGGCUCUGGCUGAGGCUCUGAAGUCCUCCAGGGGUCACAUGGUGAAAGACGAGCCCCCGCAGAGCGGACGCCACCAGCUGGACUCCAGCCAGAGGAGGGUGCAGCUGGGAGAGGACCCCCUGAGAGGUCCCAGUUCAGUCAUGGAGCUGCUGAGGCCUGAAGACAGGGAGCGUCUGCUCAACAUGCGCAACUCUGUCACCCUAAAACCCAGCAUCCCGGACCCCCAGGUCGCUGCACGCGCCGCUCCACCGGCRKUGGCUCCGCCCCCCGCCAGGCUGCAGCAGCAACACCAGGCUCUGGCAGCGUGGAGAGGGGUCCAGACCUCGUCACAAACCUUCAAACCUUUUGAGAAAAACCCCAGCAAGCAGGCGCGGUACGAUCUGUACCUGAACUGCCUCCGACAGGGAGACAAAGAUGCUCUGGAACAAAGUUUGGACCCGACCAUGACGGAGUGGGAGCGCAGCAGGGAGCGGGAGGAGUUUGUCCGGGCCUCCAUCCUGUACCGACCCUCCUCCUCCUCGCUGUCCUCRCGCUUCACUCGGGGGAAACAGGAGGACGACGAGGACACCGUGGAGGUCGCCCGGGACCAAGAGGGCGACGUGGACGACAAACAGUCAGCUGUGAAGAUGAAGAUGUUUGGAAAACUGACCAGAGAAACGUUUGAGUGGCAUCCUGACAAGCUGCUGUGCAAGAGGUUCAACGUGCCCGACCCGUACCCCGGGUCCGGUGUGCUGGGUCUGCCCAAGGUGAAGAGGGACAAGUUUUCAGUCUUCAACUUCCUGACGAUGGAGAACCGAGAGACGACAGAGCCUCCGAAGCCUCCAGAGUCGGGGAAGAAGUCCAGGUGGGACGUUUCAGAAGUGAAGGAGGAAAAGAAGAGCGAUGAUUCUGUAGGUGAGCUGCUGGGUUCUGCACGACACCAGAGUGAAACCGAACCGGACCGGGCCUCCAGCCGCAGCGACGACACGACUCCUGCCGACAGAUCUGAGGAGGAGCCAGCAGGUCUGCAGAGGUCAGACACUAAAACAGACGAGGAGGAUGAAGAGAACAGGGACGAGGAAGAGGAGGAGAGCAGACCGCCCAUGGACUUGUUCAAAGCCAUCUUUGCCAGCUCCUCUGACGAAGAGAAGUCCUCAUCAUCAUCAGGAGAGAGCGACGACGAGGACAGGAAGGAGGAGGAGUCACAAGCAGUGGAGCUCUUCACCGUCACCUCCUCCUCCUCCGCAGGCGAUGUGUCCAAACCCCACACAGGUUCUGACUGCUCCCUGACCGGGCCGCCGCUCGGUUCUGUCACUCUGAACCCUUUCUCUCCCGUCUCUGCAGAAGCUGCAGUUUCCUCUCGGACGUCAGAGCAGGACAGGGAGGAGUUUGGACCGAAGCUGCCGCCUUCUUUAUCUGCUGACAACGCAUACAGAGGAGGCACCUCCGUCGGCCCCCCCGCUCAGGAGGAGAAGGUCGGCAGGAAGAGCAAAGAGAAGAAACACAAGAACAAGAAGCAUUCCAAGCACAAGAAGGACAAGAAGAAAAAGAAAGCCAAAAAGCACAAACAGCAGAAGAAGAAGAAGGAGGAGGAGGAGUCACACAACAGCUCAGAGGAGAGUGAUGAAGAUGAUGUUCCUGUGUCCACAGAUAAACUACUGCAAAGACUGAAGGGCAUCCGGUCCGGUCAGACCUGGUGAACCAGCAGGAGCCUCGUCCUCUGUGAGGACCACCUGUCAGCUGGACCCAGAUCAUCUGCUGCAAAGUUUUUAUUCAWAUAAAAUGUGAAUUAUUAACUGAGGUGCUGCUGUUCUUCUGAAAAUAAACUGAUCUUUUAUUUUUUCUUAAAGUCAA